AUGUCAUCGAACAAAGACUCUGAACGUGGACAACCCUCCCAGGGUUCUGACCAGGGUGAAAGAGGUAUCUCUGCAACUACUGCUGCUACCUUGCUUGUGGGUGCAAGCCUCAUGACUGCAGGCAGUAUCACACUGGCACAUAGGAACUCGAUAAAUUCUGCGAUUAACAAGGCCUACGCAUUGGGCUUGAAGAAUGGUCAGCAAAUGUGCUACGAACCAUCUACAACUACCAUUACAGUCGCCCGAGAGUCUGCGACCACGGCCGCCAAUGUAGCCUCGUGGGAACAGCCAGUAUCGUUUGAUGAGGGCGCACAAGAAGUAUAUGUCGAAAUGAACUCGCAAGUUAGCGAAGAUCAAAUCCCAUCGAAGUACCGGAGAUCUGAGAUCUAG